AUGUCCCUCCAGACCCUGACGCGCAACUGCUUCCAAAGUGGCCUGCCCCCACGAAAAUGGUUGAACGCUUGCAAGCUCUUCCUCAAGAACAACGAGCUUAUGGGAGAAAAUCAGGUUACGCUCAGCAAUUCUGUCCUUUGCCUGUACCCAUCGUACCCCGGUGAUCCCGACCUCACCGAGUAUCUCAAACAAGCUAUCCAAGACCAGAUGAUUGACCUCCCCGUCUUCGUCUCGACCUUCCUCAAAGCUGCCAGGUCCCCCGACUUCCGGAAUGCCGCCACGCUUGACACCCUCUGCCGCGUCGCGCUCGAUGCGCACUACCUCAACGGUAUCCCCCCACUCGGCUCUGUCAUCGACUUCAACGUGUCCAUAAAUGACCACCUCGAUAUCCUCACCGACGCGCUCAACCUAGUGGCCAUCGCACACAGCCUGCCCCUAACGCACUUCCACCAACUCACACGAUCCGCGGAGGAGCUGGCGACGCUCGUUCUUGUCUGCGUCGGCGACGUGAAGCAGCUCACGGCGUCCACGGCGCGCAGCCAAGUGAUGAACGCGCACGACCUGGUGAUACACUGCGCUGACGCGCUAACGAACGAGUUCAAGACGCUGCUUGACCAGUGGAUCUUUAAUUUGCAUGGAAUGCUGAACGACAAUGAGAAGGCGAUGGAGGAGUUGAUGCACUCGGCGCAGGCGGCGACGGGAAAGGGGGACAUGCUUGGGCAAAGCUCAGAAAUGGACAUCGUCCGCUUGCGAGGUUUGGACCGCUUCGGCGCCGGAAGUGGUAUGGACCCAGUAGCUCUGCUUGCCGCAAUGUAUCGGUGGACAUCGUGGUCGCCGACUGUCUUCUACAGACAGCUUCUGCACGCUUGCAUCAGCUGCAUGGCUGAGGAAAGCGGAAAGUCCAUCUUGGUCUGGAAGGCGUUCUUCGUUGGACGUCUCCCCGUCAUCCUAACGUCGUUUGAGAAGGAAGUAUCCGCAGAAGGCGUCGCCAUCGACUGGAAAUCGGCCAUGCACGCCGCCGCCGUAUACCUCAAGCAAUUAGCCAGCGUAACCAGUUGCGACGUCCACCUUGCCGGCCACGACCUCCCGAACGACAGUUCACCUACUGCUAUCCCUUCGUCCAUCCUCCGCGACUUUGUUCAGGAGGCAGCAGUGAACGGUUUGCUCGACAAGUCGACGGCAUUGUCUAUCGACCAUCAUCUCACAAAUGAGCCGAGUACGCCGUUGCGGGUAGAGGUCAGGGAUUCGGGAGGAGAUGUGGAGGCGUAUAUGACUGCCAAGCUGGAGAACAUCGACCUGGCUGACUUGGAGCUAUGGUCCGCAAGGCUAUGGAGAGACCCAGGGCUCCACCGAGCAUUCGCGGAUGCGUUGGCAAAGGUGAGUGAAUGGACGUAG